AGGCAGCAGCUGCGGUGGCAGCUGCAGCAAAGGGCUGUCACCUUGCCUUCCUGGCAUUUUUCCAACUCACUCCCCGUCACAGUUCGCCUUUCAAGUCCUCUGCGGGACCUUUCCAGACGAGAAAUUUGAUGCUCAGGAAGACUCCAAGAUAACUCCGUGGCGGGGCGUUCGGGAAAAGAGGGGCAGUCCCUUAAGCGACCUUGAUAUGGGGACGGGAGACAUCCCGAAGGAAGAAAGCUUUUAUGAACUGACAGCAACAAAGAACAGGGGGGCCACAGCAGCAACAGUUUGAGCACUUCCAGGAAGAGGAGUGGACAUAAGAAACCUUUGUAAUACAAAUUACAACCUUAAAGGUAUCCAUUUACUCAAGUAAAUAUACCUUUUAAGGAAAUGAUGGAUUUAUUUAACUUGACGGAUCAAAACAUUACUUCAGAAGAAACAUUCAAUCGAAUGCCAUCUAAGAUUCUGGUCUCACUUACUCUGUCAUUAUUGGCACUGAUGACAACUGCUAUCAACUCUCUUGUAAUCACUGCUAUAAUUGUUACCCGGAAGCUACAUCACCCUGCCAACUAUUUAAUCUGCUCUCUUGCAGUUACCGAUUUCCUAGUGGCUGUCCUUGUGAUGCCCUUCAGCAUUGUAUAUAUUGUGAAAGAAACUUGGCUUAUGGGUCAAGUAGUCUGUGACAUCUGGCUGAGUGUUGACAUUACCUGCUGCACAUGUUCCAUCUUGCACCUCUCAGCUAUAGCUUUGGAUAGGUAUCGUGCAAUCACAGAUGCUGUCGAAUAUGCCAGGAAAAGGACACCUAAGCAGGCUGGGAUUAUGAUCACCGUGGUGUGGACUAUUUCAGUUUUCAUCUCCAUGCCACCUCUAUUCUGGAGACAUCAAGGAACCAGCAAAGAAGAUGAAUGCAUAAUCAAACAUGACCAUAUUGUUUUCACCAUUUAUUCUACAUUUGGAGCUUUCUACAUACCACUGGCACUGAUACUCAUCCUCUAUUAUAAAAUAUACAGGGCAGCAAAGACAUUGUACCAUAAGAGAAAUGCUAGUCGGAUUGCCAAAGGAGAGCUGAAUGGUCAGGUACUCUUGGAAAGCAGUGAGCGAAACAUUCACUUGGUCUCUACAUCAUAUGUGCAAGAGAAGUCUUUAUCUGACCCUUCAGCAGACUUUGAUAAAAUACAAAGCACUGUAAAAAGCCCCAAAUCAAAAUUAAGGCCAGAAAAAUCUUGGAGGAGGCAAAAGAUUUCUGGAACAAGAGAGCGAAAAGCAGCCACUACACUGGGGUUAAUCCUAGGUGCAUUUGUGAUCUGCUGGCUUCCCUUUUUUGUCAAGGAGGUAGUUGUCAACAUAUGUGAGAAAUGUCAAAUUUCAGAAGAACUAUCUAAUUUUUUGACCUGGCUUGGCUAUCUCAAUUCUCUUAUAAAUCCAUUGAUCUAUACAAUCUUCAAUGAAGACUUCAAGAAAGCAUUUCAGAAACUUGUGAGAUGCAGACAUUACCUUUAG